AUGGUGGUACAAAAGGCCAGUGUAAGGGCUCUCGACCUGCCAUCCGGUAGCCAAACACGCAUCAUCAUCCUGACAUGCGCUGUGUUACAAAGCCGCCAACGGAUGAGCACAGAAGUGUAUUUCUCUGCUCAUAUCAAGGACGAAGCCAUCCAGAGAAGACUUGACAUCAACCUCGAAAUCAACGACGACGACGAGGUCGAAGCUCUUCUCGCGACAGUAGACUCCUCAACAGCCUUGAGAGACCCCGGCUUGCCCUAUGAGAGUACAAAUGACUCCGUCCGGAUAACGGGCAACGGAAAAUACUGGGAAAUCCAAGCCGAGUACAGCGGCAGUCAUGCAAAUACCUUUCACGACGUCUUCAGUCAUGUCUACUCCCAGUUGUCCAAAGCUCCACCGCACAGCAAAAUGAGCCAGAUCCAGACAAUCUGCGACGACGAUAUUCAAUGGCUCUUGGCUAAUGCAACCCAUCCAAUCCCACCACCUAAUGCUAUAGAUGCAGUCUCACUGUUCCGGCGCUCCGCCAGACAGUGGGCUGGCAAGACAGCUGUUGAGGCAUGGGACGGAUGCUUCACUUACUCCGAGCUCGAAGAAGAGUCGACGCAACUUUCAGAGUAUCUCGUURGAGAAGGCGUCCGGCCUACCACUAUCUUACCUCUGGUAUUUGAAUUCUCAAAGUGGGCCUUGGUAUCAAUACUCGCAACGUGGAAGGCCGGUGCAGCGUUCGUCUUCCUCGAUCCGACUCAUCCCAUCGCUCGCCUACAGACUCUUGUUGAGCGUGUGCAAGCAUCUUUCAUUCUUACCCAAGAAAGCCAUCGGGAUCAACUGCAUGGUAUCUCGGCACGUAUCAUGACCAUCGAUGAGUACAACGACCAACAGCAGUCGCGAAUGGUUGACCAGUCCCAAUUGCCAACCUCGAUUGACACGAAUGGUCCUUCGUAUGUAAUCUUCACAAGUGGCAGUACAGGAGAGCCCAAAGCUGCUGUUCACAGCCAUCUUGCCUUUUGCUCCGGCGCUCUGCACCAAGCGGAACUCCUCGGAUUCUCCGGUCAGACCCGGACGCUGCAGAACGCACCACUUAUAUUCGCUGGUACCAUUCCGGAGCUGCUAUUCACGAUUUUCCAGGGAGGAUGUCUGUGCGUUCCCAGACAGGAAGAUCGCAUACAAGACCUAGCAGGCUGUGUACGCCAUUUUCAGAGCAAUAUGCUCGUCAUUUCUUCGUCCGCAGCUGCUAUUCAAGAUCCCACGAAGUUCGUGCCUAGACAAAGAUCGCUCGUAGGAUCUGAGUCUUUGCCUGCACACACUGCUCAGAAGUGGGCAGCGUUACACGACAGCUGCAAUGGUUAUGGAUCAACGGAGACCAACACUGUGGCGUCUUGCGCCCAAUCUGACACCGCUGUGACGAGCCGUUCAGUUGGCCCAGGGGCGGCACAUCAAUACUGGGUAGUCGAUGCCCUCAAUUACGAUCGCCUCGUGCCGCCUGGUUGGCUUGGCGAAGUAGUGGUAGAAGGAUAUGCCUUGGCUUCCGAGUACUUGGGCAACGAGCAGGCGACAGCAAAAGCAUUCCCGCCCGCUCCCUACUGGCAUUCAAAGCUUGGCCUGAGCCGACCGACGACGACCAGAUUCUUCCGGUCAGGAGAUCUUGGGAGAAUAGCUACAGAUGGUACGCUCGAGGUGCAUGGACGUACUGAUCCGCUGCAGGUAAAACUCAGAGGUCAACGCAUAGAGCUUGGCGAAAUAGAGGCCAUAACCUUGAAUUCCCUGCAGCAGUCUACCCAACUGGUGGCCGAGCUUAUCCUUCCGCGUGGUCAGGAUCGACCAUCGAUCGCUAUCUUCAUCGUUGGAGGUAGCUUUAUCAAUGGCCUUGACGCGAAGCUGCUCGAAGAUCAUAUCACACUAUCAAGCUCUCAGAAAACGCAGCUUGAUCGCACGAAGGGGUCGUUAGCUCAAGCCUGGACAGAGUCUUUACCGAGCUUUAUGAGACCCACAUACCUCAUUCCCCUCGCUCAAAUGCCUCGUACUGCUACAGGCAAACUCGACCGGAAAAUACUACGAACAUGGAGCGCGAACUACGAGGUAUAUGAGCUUGCAGCCUUCUCUACGCUGCAGUCUGGCAGGAACUCAAGGCCUCUGACCACCGACACUGAGCUGAAGCUCAGCAAGGCUUUUGAGAAAGUUCUCAAGGUCUCUGCUGAACAAGUCGACGGCAGCUCGGUAUUUACGAUUCUUGGCGGUGACUCUCUGGGUGCCAUCCAGCUGUCACAGGAACUACGCGGCGCUGGCUUGACAAUUUCUCCCGCAGACAUCAUUCGCUCCAAUGACUUAUCUACGCUUGCCAAGACCCUUGAGUCAACUUCAACUACUGUUGAAGAUCUGGAAGUCAAUGGAAACGACGAUCAGAGCACGUCUCCUGAUACCCAGGUUAUCCUCAAGUCUCUAGGUUUCGCAGCCGACCAAGUGCAGGCUCUGCUACCAACGACGAAUUCUCAGAGCCGUGCGAUCGACCUUGGGACCGGGUCGGAGAGAAGUUUCGUCUAUCAUUUUGUUCUCAAACCUCAGGGACAACUCAAUUCGUCGAAGCUUGUGUCCGCUUUACAGAAACUGGUUGACCGGCAUGACGUCUUACGCACGUUGUUCACUCGACGAGGCGGCGAAGUCCUGCAAGUUGUGCUGAAGGAUCUACAAUGCCCGUUAGAGCUGCAAGACCUUGCGGGUGAACAGAUGCUUGAUGAAGCGAUCAACCAUGCCGCAACCAGCGAUAUCGGUCUAGACCAGGUGCCAACGAAGUUCUGGCUGUUUUCGGUGACCGGCGUACCUAAAGCGAUUGUAUUACGACUGUCUCACGCUCAGUUUGACGGUCUAUCAAUACCGCUACUGUGGGACAGUCUUGCCCAGACAUACUCUGGACAUAUGGUCACCGCCGCUCCUCAAUACUCGACGUACGCUCGUGCUGUCCUCCUGCGAGACCUUGCGCCCUCAAUGAAGUACUUUACAGAUCUACUCCGCGAUUGCCCAUUUACGGAUCUGAUCAAACGAUCGAGUUCGACCCACAAACCUCAGAAUAGGCAUUUUACCCGCAUCAUAUCUCUCAAGCCCGCGGCUGGCUUCACCCCAGCACACUUAUUCGAAGCCGCAUGGGGAUACGUCUUAGCAAGAGCCUCCCACGUGAGAGCUGUGGUAUUCGACCAAAUCGUAUCUGGCCGUCAAAUCAGCUUACCCAAAGGUCAAGAUAUCUCAAAGCUCGUUGGAGCCUGUCUGAAUGAUAUACCUGUUGUGGUCCGUUUCCCGAAAGGACAGACAGUAGGGCAACUCCUGGCCCAGAUCCGUAAUCAGCACGCAGAGACUGCCAAACAUGAAACGCUUGGAUUUAAGAGAAUUCUGGGAGAGUGCAAGCCUUCUCACUGGCCACAGAAUGCUCGAAUGACUAGUAGCGUCCAAUAUCGCGGCUUCGAGGCAAGGACUACAUUCUCCAUUGGCGAUGUUGAAUGUCACGCAAGCAUGAUUGAGCGGACUAUGGACUUGGAAGAUCUAACUGUCUUCGUCACCCCGCUGCGAGGUCCUGACGAUCUUGGAAAGUUCGAAGUGGAGUUCCUGUUCUCGGGCGAUGUGGUGGAGCCAACGCAGGCCGAGUCUUGGUUUGAGGAGCUCAUGAGAAGUGUGGCGGCUUUGGAUGAAGGUCGAGCUUUCGAGAUGGAUGUUGAGGCGCUGUUGGGCUCGAUAGAAGGCUAG